AUGGUGGCGGCCACCCUCUGUCGAGGCUUCUUGGAGGAUGAGAGCCAGGAUUUGGGGCUACGGAACGAGGUGUUCAAGUACUACGGCACUUUCAGUCGGACCAUUCUCACGAUGUUUGAGAUCUUGUUCGCUAAUUGGAGUCCUCCCUGCCGGGUGUUGGUUGAGAACAUCAGCGAGUACUUCUCCAUCUUCUUCCUGGUCUACAGGUGCAUCAUCGGAUUCGCAGUUCUCAACGUGGUUGGAGCAGUCUUCGUUCAGCAGACCAUGAAGAUUGCCAGUACGGAUGAGCAGUUGGCAUUCAAGCAGAAAGAACGGGAGCUGGCCAGCUAUACCCGCAAGGUGAAGAAGCUCUUCCAGACGAUGGACGUCUCUGGGGAUGGCACCAUCAACUUCGAGGAGUUCUCGAAGCUCGUGCAGUCGCCCAUGCUGCAGUUCCUUCUGAGCCAGCUCGAUCUGGAGUAUCACGACUUGCUGAGCCUCUUCGAGUUUCUCGAUAAUGGAGAUGGACAGAUCACCCUCGCGGAGUUCAUCGAUGGGGCAGCCAAGCUCCGAGGCAAUGCUAAGGCCCUGGACAUUUGGCGCAUAGAGACCAAAAUUGAGGCGGGGAGACACUCACCCACCCACCCAUUUUGGAUCCUUGUUUUGGAGGGCCAUGACACAGUCACUGGUCUAUUCUUAGUUUCUUCUCUUUCAAGCAAUCACGCAAACACAUACCCAAAUUGA